AUGAAUUUUACGAAGCUCUAUUUUUUUGCCUUCGCUAUUCUCUUUUAAAUUACCUGCAAUUAAGAUUUAAACAAACAAUUAAAUGAGUUCUCCAAAAUGUCAAGAGAAAACUCAAUAAUAUCUAAAUUAUUUUAUAGGUCAAGCUUGAUUGGUAGGCUAAAAGGAUUGCCUAAUUAUUAGACUUUUUAUUUUGAAAAUAUUUAUAAACCACAAUAAAAUUUUAUGAUUUAUCAUUUUUAAACUUGUGCACAAUUGAUAAUACUUUUUUAUCAUGCUGUGGCCAACUGGAAACUUAUUGAUAAAAGCAUUACAGGAUAGACUAUAUAUUAGAAUAAUUGGAAGAUUUUAUCUGAAUGCUAAGAAACAAAUGAAACAUCACUUUCUUCCUUUACUUAUAGUGGGCCUGUAAUUUUAAACAAGUCUAUAAAACAUUUGUCUAAAAAAUUUUUGUAUAAGUGUUUUCAAGUUCAAAUUAUUUUUGAUGUUUAUUUUGAAGAUGCUGAUAGUUUUUUGCAAUCAUAAUUUAAAGUUACUUAAGAAACAUUUGACAACUUUUAUACCGCUUAAGUUUCUGAGUAGUAAUUAUAUCAACUAGAUGCCACAUAAUCUGAUUUAAUUCAAAGCAGUGCUCUAAUUUGCCAAAAUGGAGUAAACAAAUUUCAAUUCUAAACAGUUGUAAGUACAAUCGCUUAUUAGAAAACUGAUGAAUUUUUCAUAAAACUUUGUUUUCACCCUGGAAAUGAUAAUAUACAGUUAACGAUUAAAAAUUUAUUGAUAUAUGUAAAUGCAUGCCAUCCAACCUGUUUAACAUGUGAUGGCCCAGCAGAAACAUCAUGUUUAUCAUGUUUUAACAAUUAAAGUGUAUCUGAAGGGAAAUGCACUUGUAUUCCAGAAAAACAAUUUUCUCAAACUCUUAUUGGCUGUCGUUAAGAAUGUGAUAGAGAUAAUUCAAUUGCACGCUCUGAUAAAACGUGCGUUGAAGACUAUAGAAUACAAUAAAAUGCUACUUUAUUUGAUGGUCCAAUCAAUCCUGAUUCAAAUCCUCGAUACCAACCUCUUAUCUUUGAGAAAGAUGAAUUUAAUUAUAAAAACUGUGAUUUAGUUGAUGAAGAUUUCUACCAUAAAGAUUUUAUUGGGAAGCUGCAAUAUAAUGAAGGAAUGCUUUAUCAAAUGAAUUUAGAAAAUGCUGUAAAGUUUAUAAGAAUUCGGAUUACAUUUUAUUUGUUUAACUUUAACGAAACAAGUAGCAUCUUCAUAUUAUAAAACAAUCAAAUAUAAGCUCUAAUAACCAAAGGUCCAAUUAGUUUCUAAGUUUAAAAUUAAUUGAAAAUAUUUGAACAGAAUUAUAUUUAAAAUAGUAGUUAUACUUUAUUAAGAGUAGAGAUGAUUUUGCAAUUAUUUAAUUCUAAUCCAAAUAUUUUAAUUAAAGGUUAACUUUCAUCAUAAAAUGAAUCUUGGGGGUUUAGAUAAUUUACAGUAGAUAAAGGAUUUUGUUAAGUAAAUUGCAAAAUUUGUGCUGACUUCUCUUCAUGCCAAUCGUGUUAACCAUAUUACAAAUUAUAUCGAAAUUCAUGUGUUUAUACUUGCCCCAUUCAUUCAUCAAAUUGCAUUGAUUAUGAAGAUAUCUUACCAUGUAAAUUAUUAUUGGAUUAUAUUUAGAUUCGAGAUACUUAGCCAAAGGCUUUUAUGAUUUAAAUAUGACUUUGUAAGAGAUUAAAGCAUUUUAUGAUAUUACAACUGAUCCAUAAUUUAGCCAUUCUUCAGAAUAGAAAUUUUCUUUUUUUAAUAAUAAAAUAGUGUUGGGAGGUUUUUUAGUCUGGAAUGAUGGAUCGUAUAUCAAAACAUGGAUGAUUUCAAAACCACAUUAUGCAGCCACCAUAUAUUUUAAUUUAACAUAUGGAGAUGGUUACACUGGAGACUUUUUUUAUAUUAUAGGAAAUGAUUCAACCAGUCUAAAAUAGGGACCUUUUAGAAAUCCUGGGGGAGGAUAAAAUUUAGUUGGUUGUACAGAGUUAGAAAGCAUUUAAUACUUUAAUAUAAGUUUAACAAACUUUUAUUCUAACAGACUUUAUGUCGAAUUUGUUUGUGAUGUUGCAACUGCUGAUAUAAAAAAGGAAUUUUGUGCAAUAUCAGAAUAUUUCAUCGUUAUUCAUUAUGUAUAUUAUUAGUAUUAUGUUGAGUGUCCUCCUUUUUGCUCCAACUGUGCAAGUUUUGAUGCAUGUUUAGAAGCAGUGACUACUAAUUGCGGAUUGAACUAAUAUUUAGUGUUUGAUUCAUAGACAGAAACUUAUAUGUGCAAAGAUUGUAAUUAACCUGGAUGCAGUACAUGUACAAGAGCAGAGGAAUGCACUUAAUGCGUUAGUAAUUAAUUUAAUUUGAGCAAUGGAAUUUGCUUAUGCAAUCCAUUUACAUUUUUUUAAGGAAAUGCUUGCUUUUAAUGCAAUAAAUAUUGUGAAUAUUGCUUUGGUGACUCUUAAUAUAAUUGUCUUACUUGUGUGAGAGAUUAUCAUAGAGGUAUAUAAAGAAAGCAAUGUUUAUGCUUACCUGGGUAUUAUGAUGACGGAAUCAAUUUACCAUGUCUUCCUUUAUGUGGAGAUGAGAUAGUGGUUGAAGAAGAAGAUUGUGAUGAUGGUAAUAAUAACCCAUUUGAUGGUUGCAAUAAUUGUAAAUUUGCUUGUAAUUUUGCGUGUGAUAUUUGUAUAAAUGGAAAAUGUUAUUAAUGUAAAAAUGGAUACGAAGUUCAUAACAAUGACUGUCACUCUAAAUGUUUAGGAAAUACAAUUGGAUUACUCUAAUAAUGUUUUGAAGAAAAAAGCAACUGUGUUAAUUGUUAGUUUUAAUGCUCUAUACAAUGCACAGUUUGUGAUUUUGGUAUUUGUUAGUAAUGCAAUGAACCAAAUGGUUGGUACUUGUCAACAGAUGGGACUUGCCAUAGUAUUUGCGGUGACAAUAUUUUAGUACUGGAAGAAGAAUAAUGUGAUGAUGAUUAGAAUAUUCUUUGCAAUUAAUGUUAAAUUACAUGCGAUAUAAAUUGUUUAGAAUGUAUUAAGGGAGUUUGUAUUAUUUGUGCCUAAGGAUAUAAAUGGAAUUAAUAAUUAAAGAAAUGUGUUUAAGUUUGUGGAGACGGAGUAUUAAUCAAAAAGGAGAAUAUCUGUGAAGAUAGAAAUAACCUAUUAGAUGAUGGAUGCUAUUUAUGUUAAUUAAGUUGUUAAAAAUCUUGUACUUUAUGUACUGAAAAUGGUUGUUUAUAAUGUGAUACCAUAGGAUGGAAAUUGGAGGAAAUAUAAAACAAAUGUGAACCUGUAUGUGGUGAUGGAAUUAUUGUGUAAAAUGAGGAGGAAUGUGAUGACUUAAUUGAUCAAAAUUGCUUUUAAUGUAGAUACAAUUGUUAAGAGUCUUGCUUCAUUUGCCAAAAAAUGGUAAUUGUCUACAAUGUAAAGAAGGAUGGAUUGUAAAUUUGGAUAAGAAGUGUUAUUCCUUCUUUGGAGAUUCUAAAGUUGUGGGUGAAGAAUAAUGUGAUGACUAUAAUUCUGUAAUGUAUGAUGGUUGUUAUCUUUCAAAAUAUUAAUGCUAAUAAUCAUGUUUGAAGUGCGAAUUUGGAGUUUGUAUUGAUUGUGAGCACGGAUAUUAUAAUCUAGAGGGAAAAUGCCUAGAAAUCUUGAAUGAUGGACAUACAAAAGGGAAUGAACAAUGUGAUGAUAUGAAUUUAAUAGCACAAGAUGGUUGUUUUAAUGGUAUGUAUGAUUGUCCUAGACAUUGUAAGCAUUGUUAUCAAGGAUAGUGUUUACGGUGUAAUCUAUAAUCUCAUUAGCUUAAUACUCUAAAUAAUUAAUGUAUAUCAUAGUGUGGAGAUGGUUAUUUAUAGGAUUAUGAAGAGUGCGAUGAUGGAAAUAUUAUUCCAUAGGAUGGAUGUCAUUUAUGUGUAUUUUAAUGUAAUUAAAAUUGUCAAAUCUGUUAAUUUGGAGUAUGUUUUGAAUGUUCAAUAGGUUAUUACUUAGAUAAAUCCAAAAAUAGCUGUUAUAGUAUAUGUGGAGAUGGAAUUCAAGUACAUGAGGAAUAAUGCGAGAAUGGUGAUUUAGGUUCUAAUAAACUAUGUUUGAGUUGUAACUUAGGCUGUAAUGAAUAAUGUACUACGUGCGUUGAUGGAUUAUGUUUUGAAUGCACAUUAGUAGGAUGGAAUUUAGAUCUAUUAAACAUGAAUUGUUAACCUACUUGUGGAGACCAAUUGGUUCUAGGGAAUGAAUAAUGUGAUGAUGGAAAUGAUAAUGAUGACGAUGGAUGCAUUGACUGCUAUAUUCAAUGUUAAGACCAAUGCACAUUAUGUCAAAAGGGUUUUUGUAAAGAAUGUAAUGUUAAAGGAUGGUAACUUUUUGAUGCAACAUGUAGAUCAAUAUGUGGAGACAAAUUAGUCGUAGGGUUAGAGGAAUGUGAUGAUGGUAAUUAGCUUCCAUAUGAUGGUUGCUAUGAAUGCAAAUUUUAAUGUUCAGAAUAAUGUACUGAAUGUUUGAAUGGUGUUUGUAAAUCCUGUUUUAGUCCAGGGUGGGUUCUUGAUCAAUAAAAGCGUUGCACUACUUUAUGUGGAGAUGGAAUCGUUGUUGACCCUUUUGAAUAGUGUGACGAUGGAAAUGAUAAUCCAAAUGAUGGCUGUUAUUUGUGUGAAUAUUAGUGUUCAAAAGGUUGUAUUGAAUGCCAGCAAUAGUAAUGUAACAAAUGUGAUAAUUCAUAUAUAUUGGAUCUUAAAACAGGUAAUUGUGUUAAGGAAAACUCUAAUGACUAUAAUGAUUUAGAUAUUGAGAUGUAACAGAUAAUUUAAUAGACAAAUUUCAGAUGUGGAGAAAAUCAUAUCUUAAUUGAUCAUGCAUGUGUUACCUAAUGUGGUAAUGGGAUAUUUAUGAAUCAAUAUGAAGAAUGUGAUGAUGGAAAUAAUUAAGGAGGAGAUGGAUGCUCUACUAAUUGUCAUAUUGAAGAUUCCUAUCAGUGUAUAAAUUAAUAAGGAUCAUUAAGUUUAUGCGCAUAUAUUGUAGCACCUAAAUUUAAUUUAAAUAUUCUCUCUAAUGAUGUUCAAUAAACGUAAACAGUUGAGUUGACUUUCACUUAAGAAGUAAAAUUGGAGGAAGGUCUAAAUUUUCAAGAAGUCAUUGUGUUUACUAUCAUUCCAUAAACUCGAUAUCAAUUAACUGUCAAUAGUAUAUCAAACUUAACAAAUACCCUAAAUAAUCCUAAAUAUUAAAUUUGGAUUGAAUUUAGUGAACCUGUAUAAAAUCCGAAUUUACAAGUUGACUUACAGAAAAAUGCUAUAUUCAAUAGAGAUUAGAUAGGCCUACUUGAAAAUUAACAAUCUGUUAAUUUUGGCACUCCAAUUGUCCUCCUAGAAUCAACUAAGUAAUAAUUAAUAUCUAUUGUUUAACUAAAUAAUGCAAUGAUGUAUUCAAUGGUCGGAAUCUCGAGUUUGGCAUUUCUAACAGGAAAUGCAAUAAUGUGUUUUAAUUUAUUAGAUUUAUUGUAGUCGUUAUCUUAUGUGAAAUACAUACAAUAUUAAUUUCCACCCCAUUUUAAUGAUUUUUUAAACACUUACACUAAAGUCUCAUUACAACCUAUUUUAGAGAUAUUUUAAAUAGAUUAAUUAUUUGCAAUAAGCGCAUCAAAUCAAGUAAACAAAAAUUUACAACGAGACCCUAAAUACAUCUUACAAUAGCCUUAUUUAUAUAAUGUUAAAAGUUGUUAUUUUUCUGUAUUACUAUCCAUACUUACUUACUUAAUAUAUUCAUUAAUAACAUCUGAAAACUUUUAACACAAAAUUUUUUAACUCUACUUAAAAUAUUAAGAUAACAAUAAAAUCGUUAAAUUAAUAAGAAUAUUUUAAUAGAAAGUUGUGAAAAAGUGCAUAAAGUUAAAACUAGACUAUUUUUCUUUAGGAAUAUUUAAAGUUUACUUAGCCAUGCUUCAUUAAUUUAUGUUCAGUGUAAUGUUAUAAUUUCCAAAUUACAAAUUUGGCUCUCCUUUUGAAUUUUUAAAUAGUAUUAAUGCUAUUUUUGGAUUGGUGUUGAUUCUAAUAUCUACAUUAAAUUUGCUUUCAAUUACUACAGCUACAAUAAAAAAUAUACGGAAAUGGAAGCAUUUUUUCUCAGAAACUAAAACUCAUUAUUGGGCCCUUCAAUUUAAGACCUUUUAAAUUUACAGAAUUUAAUUUUACAUCUUAAUUAUUGUGAAAUUAAUACACUACCCAGAAGUCUAAUCAAUCCUACUUUCUGUCCAAUCAUUAUUGUACUUGAUUUACUUGGUCAGAUUUAAACCUUUGAUAUCUAUGUUUGAACUUUCUAAGUUAAUAAUUAGAGAGUUUCUCUUAAUGAUUAUUUCAGGGACAUUCUUAAUAUAUAGUUUUGAAAUGAGUUAAGAUAAUUUUAUCCUACUUGGAUGGAUUCAUAUUGGUAUGUUUUGCAGUAUUUUAGCUUCAAAUUUAUUUAUUGACUUAUUUACAUAAAUUAAAAAAGCAUAUGAUAAUUAUGUAUAAUAGAAAUUAAAAUAUAGAAAUGAAGAGGAGAAAAAAUAAUAUUUGAAAGGAUUUGAAAUUAAUUAAAUUGAAUUCAUGUAAAGAUAAUGA